AUGGCUGAUGAACCAUCCGCAAAUAUAGAAACAGUUGAUGAAAUAUCACUAGAAACUCCUCCUGUUGUAUUACCUGAACCUGAGCAUCCUCAGCCAAUAGUUGAACCUAUGGUAACAUCAGAAAUAUCUGAGGUUGCUUCUACUGAACCAGAACUAUUCCCAGAUCAAAUUCCGACAGAUCAGGGUGAAUCCGAAGCUCCUGUGCAUUCACAAGAGCAGGAGCCUGAGAAACCUGUAGAAGUAGUACCGGAACUACCGCCUGUUAAAAAAAUUAAUGUGCAUGUGAAGACCGCUCAGGAACGUGAAAGUUUUGAGAUUGACGAGAAUGCAGUUGUUAAAGAUUUUAAGGCUCUGAUUGGGCCUAAAUUCAAUGCUGAACAAGAUCAGUUGUGCUUGAUUUUUGCAGGCAAAAUAAUGAACGACGAAGACACGAUGCAACAGCACCACAUCCGCGAGGGCCUCACCGUCCACCUGGUGAUCAGGGCGGCCCCCAAGCCGGUCGAAGCCAACCCCAACCGGCGGCCCGCCGACGUGGGGGCCACCCCCUUCCAGCUGGGCAGCCUGGGCGGACUGGCGGGCCUGCCCCACCUCGGCAUGGGCGGCGUCGACUUCAUGGAGAUCCAGAACCAGAUGCAGAGCGAGCUGCUGAGCAAUCCGAACAUGUUGAGGAACCUGCUGGACAAUCCGAUGGUGCAGCAGCUGAUGGAGAAUCCGGAGACGAUGCGGUCGCUGCUGACGAGGAAUCCGCAGAUGCAGGAGCUGAUCCAGAGGUACCCGGAAAUAAACCAAACGCUGAACAACCCCGAGCUCCUCCGUCAAACAGCCGAUCUAGCUCGCAACCCCUCGAUGCUCCAGGAACUAAUGCGCAGCCACGAACGCUCCCUGGGCCUUGAGCCCUCGACAAACCUUCACUCCACCAAUCCCGUCCCCAACCUUUUCCAAAACAUCCAGGAGCCCAUGCUCUCCUCCGCAGCUGCCCAGUUCCAAGCCAGCGCUCAGACCACCCCGGCCAGAGGGGUACUAAACCCCCCGCCCCUAGCCAGUCUGCUGCAGCAGAUGUCAGAGAACCCCAGCAUAAUGCAAAACAUGCUGCAAGCACCCUACACCCAGUCGGUCCUGGAGGCCUUAGCCGCCGAUCCCAGCAUGGCCAACGCUAUGCUCGCGCAGAACCCCUUGGUCACCAAUAAUCCCGUGCUGCAAGCGCAAAUGAGGAACAUGAUGCCGCAGUUCAUGCAGCAAAUGCAGAACCCCGAGAUCCAGAGCUUGAUGACAAACUCUCAGGCGUUGGACGCCAUAAUGCAGAUUCAGCAAGGCAUGGAAACGCUGAGACAGUCGGCGCCUAGCCUGAUACACACAAUCGCACCUCCUCCUGCGCCUCAGGAGGUGCCUAAUAGUGCCAGUACCGCCACUACGGUGCCUGAGUCUGCGGCAGAUGUCCCUGGGGCGCCUAGGGACGCUUUUUCUGAGUUUAUGGCUCGGAUGGUGGCUGGCAUGGCUGCCAAUCAUGAUAGCAGCAUGGCUCCUGAGCAGCGGUAUCAGGCUCAGCUGGAGCAGCUGGCUGCUAUGGGAUUCGUGAAUAGAGAGGUGAAUUUGCAGGCGCUUGUGUCUACUUUUGGGGAUGUCAAUGCAGCGGUGGAGAAGCUGCUGGCGCAAGGACAGUUGUCUAUGGGUUAG